AACUCAUAAUUCAUAAAUCAUUCUCCAAAUUCAAAAUCUCUCAAUCCCCAAAUUCUCUCUUUCUAUCUCUCUCACACUCCUUUGAAACACAACAUUCCUUUUUAACUCUAAAUUCAGAGAUAGUUUCUUGAUUAGGGUUCAUAAUCGAUUAUAAUCCCCAAAUAGUCUCUUUCUAUCUCUUUCACUAUCGCUACUUUAAUCUUUCAUUAUCACUAAUUCAUAAUCGAUUCAUUCUGCCCAAUUUGUUUUCUCUUUGAGACGCUCUUUCCUUCUCCGUCAUUCAUCAAUACGCAACGCUAAAAAAACUCACAACACGUUCGUGUAACUCGCUCACUCGACUCGUUCGCGUAACUCGUUCUCUCCGGUUUCGAUUUUUUCAUCAUGCCGAAGGCUAAAGUUGAUUCCAAACCCGCUGAUAACAGGCUAUUGCAAAUGCAUGUAAGGUUCCUUCAAACGCUAUUCCGGAGUUGAGUGAAUCAGAUGUAUCUGAUGAAUGUGAAAAGCAAUUCAAUGAAGAUCAAGAGUUAGAACAACUUAUAAACCGUCAAAUAUGCUUCAAGAUUUAUCCAUUUAGAAGUGGUAUAGUUAAGUGUUGCACUAGCUGUGGAUAAUCCAGAAAUGUUUAAUCGGAUUGCAAAAGCGUUUAAUUUGAAGGCUUCAAUGAGAUUUAUUAUUCUUCUGUUGGGAGAAAAAUCAAACCUGGUCAAUGAAGGAAACAAGGAAGUGCCAAUCUUUACAUUCACGGAAGUCAUAAAUUUUGGAAAAGAGAGCCGCAGGUCAUUGUUUGAGUCUCAUAAUGCUAGGAAGCACUAUGUGUUUGAAGCAAUAAAAUCUGACGACAUUGCUACCCUUGUAUACACAAGUGGAACUACUGGAAAUCCAAAAGGUGUUAUGCUAACCCAUCAGAAUCUUUUGCAUCAGAUUAAAUUUUAUUCGGACAUUGUACCUGCUGAAGUUGGGGACAGAUUUCUAAGCAUGCUGCCUCCUUGGCAUGCAUAUGAAAGAGCUUGUGAGUAUUUCAUUUUCUCACGCGGUGUUGACCAAGUAUAUACAACUGUGAGAAACUUGAAGGAUGAUUUGGGACAUUACCAGCCGCAUUACUUGAUUUCCGUUCCUUUAGUUUAUGAGUCUUUGUACAGUGGGAUCCAGAGGCAGAUUUCUACAAGCUCCCUUGUUAGAAAGCUUGUUGCACUGACAUUCAUAAGGGUCAGCUUAGGGUACAUGGAAUGUAAGCGAAUUUAUGAGAAAGAAGAAAUCGAUAAGGGCUGUCAAAUGGGAUAAUCCAAAGAGCCCAGAGAAAUGUGGGUGGGAUUGCAUUUUUCUGUUACGAUAAUACGGUAAUAUUAAAUUUCUUUCUGGUUUGGUCACUCACACACACUUCAUCUAAGUUGCAGACUUGCAUAAUAUUCCAUCAAAAAUACCUCUGUUUUUUUUCAUUUUUUUUUUCCUUUAGAUUAAACAGGUAUAUAGUAUUUCUAAUUCUGGCUGAAGAUAAUAAAUUUUGAAGAUGUUUGCUGGGUAACUGUUUGAUAAAGAAUCAGAAGUCGCCUUCCUAUCUCUAUGCAAUGUUGGAUUGGCUAUGGGCAAGAAUUAUUGCCACAAUAUUAUUUCCUAUUCAUAUGCUGGCAAAGAAACUUGUCUACAGUAAAAUCCAUUCAGCUAUUGGAAUUAUAAAGGUCUUGUAUUGU